GAAACGACUUUUAGUCCGGGGACAGCGCUCACGCACUCGAGUAUCUUACCGGUAAACCCAACUCAUGAUAGGGCAUUAUACCAAAGAGAAAGAUAAUGUGGUAGCGUAUCUACGGUGACGGACCUGUCAGUUUUGUUUCCGCUCGCUCUUCAUCCGGGCCAGGGCCAGUGAUUGGACCUCCACGGCCCAGUUGAUCUUAUCGACACGCAGUCAAUUAGGGCCUCCAUCCUUGACACUAAUAGAACCAAUUUAGUAACGAUUGGGGCUCUUGCUCGGGCUUUUCUGGGCAGUCCCGCAUCCAUCUACGGUAUUACCGCAUUCCAUUUCAGGAGCACUCCCUCCCUUACUCGGAAUGCCGUUGUUCAGAAAAAGGUUUACAAUACAGUUCUCCAGGCAGGCUCCAAACAACAUCCGUGAUUUAGGUCCCACACAGGAAAGCACGCAACGCAAAUCAUGAACAGGAAUCAACGCCCAAACAGUAACACCGGUACCCGUAUUGUUGACUGCUGGCCCAUCCUGACAGGAAAGGCGCCUGUCCUUGGGCUCAUGCUAGAGUCGGCAGAUACCGGUGUCCAGUGUUGCAUUAAACUAUGCAUGAUUUCCAAGUUUUUGUUUUGAAGCUGUCUCCCAACUUAACAAGAUACAACUCUGCCAAGCGACUGCUACGUCUCUAAGCUGCUAUGGAAACAGCUAAUCUCAUAAUAUAUAAUAGUAUAGCGGGGUUUAUUGGCCGGUUUUAUUUCAUGAUACGAGGGAGAGAGAUAUGGGGAAACUCGGAAAGGAUAUUCCCAUAAAACUCAUACUUGGGAAGCUCGAAAAUCUGUAGCCUGGUUUACACUUCUCAUGCGGCACACGUGGCAGUAAACAAUUGCGUGAGAGAGAUAAAGCUGCAAUCAGUGCACAGCAAUGGCGCUCUCCAUGCCACCAAUCCUCUCCUAAAAGCCAUGGCAUCUUGCCAUUGAACUGUCGUGGAAUAGCGAACAUUCUCAACCCAGAAUACUUACUGAGCCCUUUUGCCAUUUAAGGCAUCGGUGAAGCUCUUUCAGCACAUCAUCAACUCCUCGGUGGCGUUUGACAGUGCGCUUCGGAGAGCUCAGGUUUCCCGUGAGGUACCGGCAGAAGUUCAUCAUGUUCGGAGCGCUCGGAGAAUUACUAAGCCAAGACGGAGCUUCGCGUCUGUUGAGGCGGCCGCGCCCAGAACACUUUCAACAAGCCGUCAACCUAAAUCCGCGAAGCGUUUCGACACCACCCAAAGAUACCCCUGCCUUGCCCUCAAGCGAGCCGCAUUGGAUACAGAAUCUCCCUAUGGACUUCGUGCGUCUCAAAACCCCCUACAGAUCUUCCUCUUCUCCUCCAUUCAUGUGCAGCGGACACCAUAAUUUCACAAUGAGUAGUGGAAUACUUCUGACUAUGUGGAUGUUACAGUGGAACCGUCUGGUCGGAAGCUCAAGCUCUGCCUCGAGCACUGUCGAUAAACAGCCUCCGCCACUGAGUCCUGCUCAGAGGCUAGCCAAAUUUAAGAGGCACUGGCAGUCAUUACUAGUAAGCGGUCCCUGUUCCCCACAAUCCACCCGCAAGCUUAAGCUAAAUUAACAAUUGCCUCCACACCCCUUAGCACUCCUGGCGCAACCCUCGCGAGUUCGAUCCUUCAUCGCAGGACCAGCUACGCAGCCAUAUAAAACGACUCAAUGAACUUCUGGUCGAGGAAGAGAAAAGCUCAUCUCCUUUAUGUAUGAACUUUUGUUACGAGCAGCAGGUGUUCAUUGCACUUUCGAAGAUUGGACAAACAGGUUCACCUGGAGUUAUCAAGGAAUGCAUAGUGGCCUUUUCCACCCUGAUAGAUAACGAGGAUGAAGAAUUUUUGGCCCAAGGAAACUUCUCCCGAUGCCUGAUCGAAUUCUUGCGAAAAACUAGCCAGACAAGGCACAGAUUGUUUGAAGGGGAAUAUGUAGAGCUUUUGUUCAGCAUUGCUCAGAAGAUAAGGUUAAGCCGGAAUAUUCUGCCUGCAUGGUUCACCACGCGGGCCGAUGACGAAGGAGGAAGAGACUAUGAAAGCUUGGACCCGCAACAAAGGUUUGCCGGAAUCACCAAUAAGGUAUGGGUUUAUUGUUGAAGAGAUCUGGGAUGGAGCCAGCAUUCCCACAGAGUCUGACAAAUGCGCCAUAUAGGAUGACUUCCCUCUGUUCUAUCUCUUGAUUGAUUACGUCCAUCACGAAGGGAGGGUGGGUGAUUUUGCCAGGACAGGCCUUCUUUAUAUCAUUGAAGCCGCAUCCUCAUCUGGCGACUUGGAAAAGUGGAUAGUUGAAAGUGACCUUGCGACUUUGAUGGCGUCUGGGUUGGGUGCUCUAUACAGCCAACUCAGCAGGUUCCGCUUCCGAUUAUACUCACUGAUGGAUUUGGCUAACCUAGAAUCUAGGAAACUAGCGGUCAAUUACCCUACAGCAGACCCGCCCACCAUUCUAAUUCUCUCGGAUUAUUCCUCUUCCCCCUUAGCAUUUGGAGCUGAAAGUUCAACUUCAGAAGAUUUUCAGACACAUCUAGAAACUUUUCUAUCGUAUCUAAUUUUCUGGCAAGAUGUACUUGAGCAUUGCAGAUCCACCGAGGUGAAGCAGACGCUGCUUGAUCAUUUUCAAGUGCUGUUUCUACAACAGCUACUGUAGGAGUAUUCAAUAACUUUGGUUAUCUCGCUCAGUCACGCUAACAUCUAGUUUCAGAUAUCCUUCAUUGUUGGAAUCGUCAGAUUUAGACGGCGGCUCCUCAGUUGCGGUUCUGACUUAUGUCCGGGUUGUUCUUGAUACUUUGGAGCAUCCUGACAUUAUUCAUCUGAUACUUUCUUACCUAAUGGCUCUACCGGACGAGACUAAAGCGGCAUCUGUUCCCCCAUCACCUUCCGUUGCGAAGCGAAGAAGAUCUCUUGAUCUCUUGAAUAAAGUUACCGAGAUGGACGACAAGCCUUCACCUGAUUUGUUCAACCUCGUUGACUUGGUAUUAACCAGUCUUAAGUCUAAGUCCCAACAAACAGUAUCCGCGACCCUAAAACUUAUCUCCACUAUAUUAAGAAAACACCACCCGUAUUCAAUUUCUACUCUGUUAAAAGUAUCACCCAUUUCAGCUGACACCCCAUUACGGACUGUGGGAGCGCACAAUAAAGAGAUGGAACACAUUUUCUCACUGGUGGGAGAUAUCUCUGAAGACGGUGACGUCUCCGAAAGCUAUGGAGACCAUUUGAAGGACAUAUUGGGUUUGUUGGAAUCGCAUCCUUGCUCAAUGGGUGUGCUUGCGUUAAAGAAUUCCGUGUUCACACCCGGAGCGGAAGAUGCUCCGGAAUCGGGGAAUCAAAAUAUCAGGGACAUGUAUACGCACACUAUUCAUCCUAACGACCCACUGCUCAGAAGUAUUGUAGAUUUGUUGAAAAACUUUUUCUCCAACACUGUUGAGACCAAUUUGGCCCUGACAGCUGUGAUUGUGGAUCUUGCGACUUGCUCGUUCAUGAGGCCAGAAGGCUGGCUGUUAUUUGACCCGGCUUCCUAUGAAUUCGACAGCAGCGAUGACGGAGAAUAUAGUGAUGAGUGGGACCAACUUGAGGACGCUGAGAAUGAAUUGACUCAUAUUAUGGGGGUUAGUGCGGAGCAAGUUCAUCGGCGCAAGGAGAACGAGCGAGCGAAAGAUCUAAAGCUGGCAAACCGGCAGCCAAGAUGGACAAACGCACCACCAAUUCUUCAAACUAUAGAAAGUUUAGUGGGCCAGAUCCAGGCUUAUCGAAGAGCCAUUCCAGAUUUGGACGAUAAGCUAUCAGAAAGGAAGCGCGCAUUCCAGUUUACGGAUGAACUGAAUGACGCUCUACUAUCCAGCCCGUUACCGCAGCCUACCCCACCUAUCCGAAAUCCGGUUCUGGAUUCCAUUUCUGCAAAGAACCUCAUGAGACCCUCCGGUGCACAUGCGCCAACUCCCCGCUCUGGACAACCUUCUAGUGGCUCAGGUCCCUCGAUUCCAAUCCCGAGUUCGCUCAUGCCUAACAGAUCCAUAGUGUCCACACCUUCAUCUGCGCGUGGGUUAUCCCCAUCAGUAGAUUUAGCCAGAUCCCCCGAAAGUCCUUUCAAUCACCACAUGCUGGAAACCACACAGCGAAGAAUCAAGGUAUUGCAACCAGGACAGACUAUACUACAUCUACCACCUCCACCCGAGGGUGAGAGUAGAGAGGGAAGCGUUGUGGGGACAGAGGCGUCGCCGACAAUGGAGGAUCUUGUAAGAAUUGGGGGAGACUUUACCUUAAGUCACUUGUUGACCAAUAUCAUGGUUCUUCAGGUAAGCAAUGCAUAUUAAUUACCAUUUUCAACAGCUGACACGCGACAUAGGAAUUUGUGCUGGAAUUGGGCGCUUUAGUUCAAGUUCGAGCAUCUUUGUUUGGGGACCUUAGGUUUGCCUGAAUGAACUUGGGUUUGGUCGGAGCCUUUGUGUUUGUGGGCUUUGUUUUGUAGAUAUCAUAGUGUUCUCCUGGUCACUCUUUUUUUCCAACAUUUUUGCUCCUCGAUAAAUGUUCCAAGCUCCGUUUCAGGGUAUGUAGGCAUCGCACCAGUGUACAGUAUAGCCAUAUGGAUUUUAUGAUAUCAGAAUUUACGGGUUCCAUGAAAUUUUGAAACUUAAGGUCAUGGAUAACAUACAGUGUCUGACAGACGCUGGUGCCACAGUAUGGCCUGCGAGUAAUUGUGUGGAUAGAUAUACUAUGGCUGGGAAGUAACAAUGUCCGUUAGCUUCUUGUGCAUAACAGCUGGCUGAAGCUAUGCCUGGAUUUCAGAGUCCAGACCUCCCAAUCAGCAGGUAAGCUAUUUACGAGUGACAAUUGAUGGCUUGGGGGUAGUGCAGCAGUCAGGAAAUUUCCGAUCCUAGUCAUCAGGCCAGGAGCUGUGACUGCGACAACCAAUCACAUAAGUUAAAAUAAGCUUCUGUGGGACAUUUUUCUCUCCAAGUUCCCCCGCCGGCGACCAGUUUCGAAAGAGUGAGUAACUAGACCUUCCCCGGUUAAUUAAACCCAUUGAAAGCAUCUCCCAUCCCCGGGAGGUCAUCCUUCGUUAUCUUCGCCUUUAAAGCGACCUUUCCGACUAGAAAUUGAGGAUCCGCGAUGUUGUCACAACUCCGAUUCCCUCUUCCCUCACGCUCUUUAUUUCCGAAACCGUCCAGAUUCUCUCGGCCGUUGUCGUCGACAAUUUCACGGUGGAGGGAUGGUGGAUUGAACAAGGUCUCUGCGGCAGUCACUCAGCCGAAGUCUCAGGGCGCAUCCCAGGCUAUGCGUUUGUCCCCCACUCUGUACAAUGUGUAUACAUAUAUUUUUUUCGCAGAAAUCGCUGAUUCUCGUGUGAGGCAUAGUGUAUGCGACUGGGCUGAAGCCCGACGACAUGAAUAAGGCGCAAGUUGGAAUUUCAUCUGUAGGAUUUGCUCGGCUCCGGAUGAGCGGUUUAGAAAUCAGAAUUAAUGCGUGUGGGUGCGUUUGUGCAGGUGUGGUACUCGGGGAAUCCAUGCAAUAUGCAUCUAUUAGAUCUGAACUUCAAGGUUCUGGAGGGAGUGCGUAAGGCUGGGCUGGUUGGGUACCAAUUCAACACCGUUGGUGUCAGGUGCGACAUGUCUAAGGCGCAGGGCUUUGCGAAUGUGGGUGGGUGUCCUAACACAUGUUCUUUUUUUACAGUGAUGCUAUCUCCAUGGGAACUAGCGGGAUGAGAUACUCUUUGCAGUCCCGAGAUUUGAUUGCUGAUUCGAUCGAGGUAAGAUCCCACCUAUCACAUGUUGGAAUCCAACUGACCACUUCUCAGACGGUUAUGGGCGGCCAAUGGUACGACGCAAACAUUUCAAUACCUGGCUGUGACAAAAACAUGCCAGGUGUGAUCAUAGCCAUGGGCAGAGUCAACCGACCAUCUCUCAUGGUCUAUGGUGGAACCAUCAAGCCUGGACACUCCAAAUGCCAAGGUGGCGCUGAAAUCGACAUUGUCUCCGCCUUUCAGUCGUAUGGCCAGUUCCUGACCGGCGAGAUUAACGAGGAAACCCGCUUCGAUAUCAUCCGAAAUGCGUGUCCCGGAUCCGGCGCCUGUGGAGGAAUGUACACAGCAAACACUAUGGCAACGGCCAUCGAGUCCAUGGGAAUGACGCUUCCAGGAUCAUCUUCCAACCCAGCUGAGUCUCCUGAGAAGGUUCAGGAGUGUAUUGAUGCUGGAGCCGCGAUCAAGAAUCUCCUUGAGCUCAAAAUGCUGCCGAGGGAUAUCAUGACCCGUGCCGCGUUCGAGAAUGCUAUGGUUGUGGUCAACAUUACCGGGGGGUCUACGAAUGCGGUUCUCCACCUGAUCGCUAUCGCUCACUCCGUGGGCGUGAAGCUCACAAUCGACGAUUUCCAGUCCGUCUCAGACAGAACCCCCUUUCUGGCGGACCUGAAGCCCUCAGGCAAGCAUGUGAUGGCCGACAUCCACAAGAUCGGAGGGACGCCAGCGCUUCUCAAGUUCUUGCUCAAGGAAGGCCUACUUGACGGUUCCAUCAACACCGUUACCGGAAAGACCCUCGCGGAAAAUCUCAGGGAUGUGCAAGGCUUCCCGCCAGACCAAGACAUCAUCCGCCCGCUAUCGAAUCCAAUCAAGAAGACUGGCCACAUUCAGAUCCUGCGUGGCAGCCUCGCGCCCGGGGGCUCGGUGGGCAAGAUCACGGGAAAGGAGGGUCUCCACUUCUGCGGUAAGGCCAAGGUCUACGAUGGCGAAGACCACUUCAUCCGCGCCCUUGAGCGCGGCGAGAUAAAGAAGGGCGAGAAGACGGUCGUAGUGAUCCGCUACGAGGGCCCCAAGGGAGCGCCAGGAAUGGUGGAAAUGCUCAAGCCUUCUUCCGCUAUUAUGGGCGCCGGUUUGGGACAGGACGUCGCUCUCAUCACCGAUGGUCGCUUCUCCGGGGGUUCUCACGGGUUCCUGAUCGGGCAUAUCGUCCCAGAGGCACAGGAGGGCGGUCCUAUCGCGCUCAUCAAGGAUGGCGACGAGAUUGUUAUCGACGCUGAGAAGCGGUUGCUGGAUUUGGAGGUUAGCGAGCAGGAAUUGGCCGACAGGAGGAAACAGUACUCUCCCAGGCCUCUGAAGUAUACACAGGGGACCUUGUACAAAUAUUCCAAGUGAGUUUUUUAUUCGUCUUUUUACACGCACUCCCCGGCGAUAAGUCUGGGUCUGGAGAGUGCACAAUGCUAAACUAUGCUGCCACAGGCAAGUUGCGGAUGCUAGUCACGGGUGUAUCACCGACGCUUAGCAUUUUUACAGAGUUCCAGUAAGUUAUAUAUCAUGGUCAACCAUCCUAGGAGCGGUGAUGAAUUCUCGGGUAUAUCCAAAAGUAAUUGAUUUCUCGCGAUUUUCUUCUUCCCUUUUACUUUUUUGACUCGUCAGCAAAUAUAUUGCGAGAUACUGCAGGGUAUGACACAACUCGAAGUCCAGUGCCCACACAAGUACUACAAGUAGUACGAUAGUGUACUAUAUUCAGAGUGUCGUUGUACAACCUCAAGAGCCAAAAAGUGACCUCGUGACCUGGGAACAACUACUAGUAAACCCUUCCUACGGGGAUAAUACGGUAUCAUACUGUAUUCCUCCUCUGUGAUUCCCGACCGACAGCCACCCGAUCACAAAGCACCCCAACCGAACAGAAAAGAACAGAAAAGAACAGAACAGAACAGUGUCAAUGAUACCAACCGCACUAUUUUGCACACACCCUGGGUCGCUUAGGCUCAGCCCUCUUCUCCCCCCUUCUACCGGUUGUGAUACCGUUUACAGCUGCUCGGCUGACCUCGGUUCGAACCGGGCCGGCUCGAGGGCGUAGAGGGAGUGUUGUUAGCCUUGUCCGGGGCGAUGCUCUUCGCUCCAUCUUUAUUUAUUCCUUUACGCUACGUCGUACACCCGUAGAGCUUGCGCGGUAGCUUGAGGCUUGUCGGGCAGCACUCGUAAGAAUGCCCAGCAAAAAGAUUAAUAGGUGAAUAUGCUGUGUGCUAUGCCGGUAACUUAUUGGUAAGCCUGAGGCGGAUAAUUGGGAAAACGAUUGGAUUGAUGCAAUAUACCGUACUAUACGAGUACUUGUACUGCACUCGUAGGUUGAUGAUAGCGGUAACAUUUUUAUCCCCAUUUUCAUUUGUCCGGUCCGAGUGUGGUAGUGGUGGACCGGAUUGAAAUAGGUUAAUUGCACUUCUUUUUUUCAUUGGCUGCUUAUGUGGGCCAUCGGUUACCGUGCUCCCAUGAUGGGCAGCGGGGACCCGACAGGGGAGGGGAGGGGAAGAGGAAUUUAUAGACCCUUUUGAAUUGAUAGGAAGAUACGGAAGGGAGAAUAGAAGGAAGGAAGUGCUGUUAUCGCACCAGUGGGUUCCACCCACAGGGGCUGGCGAGGCCGUCGAGAUAGGUUGAGUUGGAGUGGUGUUGAGAGGUGCUCCUCCGUUUGGAUGCCGUUUUAUCCAGCCUAUCUGGUGCACUGUACUGUAUGGUGCUGCACUCAUACGGGCAUCGUUCUCGUAUCAUGAUUGUGCAGAGAUCAACGGAGCCCCUACAUUGGAGGCUGUGGUGUACUGUACAGUGCUCGCGCAGCACCCGUCAGGAGGUUACCUUACCGUCAGAUUAUAAUCGUGAGAGGGGGGUGAUUUGCAUCAAACGAUUGAAUCUUAAUACUCCCGUUAAGCAAUGGGGAUAACUCGGUAUCACACUCUGGCCCGAAGGAAUGGUGGGAUGGUACUCGGGAUAGAGGUAACUUUAGCAUUCAGUACCACUGUAAUCCCCCUUUUGGAGAACCGGCCUCCAUUCCCUCAA